UAUUUAAUUUUUACCAUCCAAGAGUGAUUUACCAUUCAUGUAAUGUAUCCCUUGAACAAUUUUCACUACCAUUUUUAGGUGCCUUCAUGACACUACCACACACUACCCCAACACCACACACUUUCGCAGGACUACCUAACACUUCAACACACUACCCCAAUAUUACCCCACCCCCCUCUCCCCUAAUGCUACCACACUCUUCCCCCAUCACUGCAGGACCCUGUUACUUUGUAUUUAUAUUCUUAGAAAAUUUCAGUUGUGCAUCAUGACUGCACACAUUUCCUGUUGUUUUAUUCAAAUGGAUGCAUUUUCAAAUGUUCUCAAUUACUGUUUACUUUCAGAUCGUUUUGUUUGCUUGUUUCUUCGUUUGUUUUCUCGGACAAUAGCUUUAAGCUUGUUACCGUAUCGUUGAUGUAAACCAAGUAUAAAUAAAGGUUAUCAUUGUAUCUGGAGUAGAUUCAAUGUUCAUGUUGCAAAGCACCAUAUCUAUACAGGUAGUAUAUAAAAUAUAUAAAACUAGUUAAAAAACAAAUGUUCUAUUUAAUUUUAACUAUUUAACGAUUUUUAUUGUGAUUAAUUUUCAAUCUAGAUCUACUGUUAAUUUGGGAGUAAAUGUGUAAAGCGACCUGGUAGCAUUCGCAAAAUUAUUUCUUGUAAUUAAAAAUUUUUAUUAUAAAUUAUAGUCAAUCGUAGUCAAAGUUUGAGACAGAUUAAUCUGUAAGUCACUCAAAUCAAACACAGUAAAUAUGUCUGCUGCUAAUAUUUAAUUUGUGUUUGUGUACAUUUAUUUCAGGUAGUCAACCGUCUAGAGAGACAGAUGUAUCUUCUCUGACUCAAACACAGACUGAUGUAACAUCUCAAAAUGAGAGAGGCUGUGUCAGCAGCCCAGCUGAUACACUAAAUUCUGAGACUGCUUGUAGCAGUCAUGACCAGUCUAAUAAGAUAGUGCCUGAUAGUGACCAGUCUGAGUCAUCUGCACCCUGUUCGUCAUUUGCCACACCGAGUCCUUGGACAGCAGAUGCAAGCAAACAGCUUAUAGAGGAACUGUUUGGAUCCAAAAUUGUGCAUUCUAUAUAUACCUGCUCAUUGAUGUGUGACAAGUUAAGCAAGGUAGAAACUGAGAGGCUUGAGAAAAAGAAGUUUAAUCACAGUACUUUCAUAAACAGAACUAACUGGUGGUUGGUGUAUGUUGGAGGAGAAGGCAUGUACUGCUUAGUGUGCAAAAAGCAUAUGAUGAAACACCCUCAGAAUAACAGGGAGGUGUUUUCUGCUACACCAAGUGUGAGGUUCAAGCAGGAUACUGUUAAAACCCCUAGCAGCAGUAAUAUACAUUCCUAAGCAUUGAACAGUGAAAUGCUACAAAAAACGUCUUGUUUUCAUCGAGAGUUAUUGAAAAAGUCUGAAAUAGAAUACACCUAUGUUGAGAAGGCAUUUUCUGUUGCUUACUUUUUGAUGAAAGAGUUCAUUGCUAAUCGAAAGUUUCAACCACUUUUGGACUUCAUUCAAACUGUAACAGGUGAUGAAACUUUGAAAUAUUUUAAACAUCAGUCGAGAGGUUCACACCAAGAAAUUUUUCAGAUAAUUGGUGAUACAAUUAAGACCGAGUUGGUCGAGGAUGUGAAUAAGUCUUUGGCCUAUGGAUUGUUGACUGAUGAAGUCAGCGAUAUCGCAGUGAAUGAAAAUCUUGUAACAUUUAUUCAGUUUUAUUGUGCAGAAACAAAGAAAGUUGAGACUAAGUUUCUUUCAUGUGUGAAUAUUUUAGAGAAUUUUGAAAGUGCAAAUGAUGCAAUCAAGACGCUUUUAGUCAAUGAAGUAGAGAAUUUUGAGCCUAAGCUUACUGGGUUUUCCUCGGAUGGUGCGAGUGUGAUGACAGGCAAACUUGGAGGAGUUGCUGCACUUCUGAGACGGGAUCAUCCUUCAAUGAUCAAUAUUCACUGUGUGUGUCAUUGCCUAGCUCUUUCAUGCAAUGAUUCAAAUGAAGCAUUGACAUACAUCAAAACUGUUGAGACACUCCUCCGUCAGUUAUGGCAGCUCUUUGAGAACUCACCAAAAAAAUGGCGUCAUACUUGAAGGUACAAUUAGCCCUGAAGUCUAUCAACCUAGAAGGAGAUAAGUUAGCAAAAGUUACAAGGCGUCUGAAAAAAGCUUGUCGGACAAGGUGGUUGAGUAUGGAUGCUGCAGUGAGUGGUGUUCGGCAGGACUAUGAAGCCUUACUACAAACUCUGUCUCUGUUGGAAGAAAAGGAUGCUGCUGCACAUGGUCUGUUGAUGAAAAUGAAAUCUUUGAAGUUCUUGGGUGCCAUCUAUAUUCUCAGUGACAUACUGCCUGUACUUUCAGAACUGUCCAGACACUUCCAGCAUGAUUCCUUGAAUUUCUCUGCUAUUCUGCCAGCAAUUAAUCAGUGCAAGGACAAGCUGAAACAAAUUAGGGAAAAUGAAGAGCCCUUGCAAAAGUUAUCUGAAGACAUUGAUAGCUUUACUGACAUGUGUGCAGAGAUCAAAUCCAAUGCAAAAUCCUCCAAUGAGCUUCAUGCUCUUCUGAGGAACUAUAUUGACAGUUUAAUAAAGAACAUAGACAGAAGAUUUUCAGACACAUCAGCAGUUGUUGCAGCAUUUGCUAUAUUUGACCCCACCACAUUACCCAGGUCGGAUGAAGUACACUUUAAGACAUAUGGGGAUAGCCAGAUAGCUUUGUUGGCAGACCAUUUUUUCUCAGAUGAUGUUGAGAAAGAAAAGCUGAAAAUACAGUGGAAUGGAUUCAAGUACCACACACAUGACAUUCUCCUUCCAAACAUGCCAAAGGAAGUAAGAGAUGGCAAGGCUCGCAUGACACCAACAGAAUGGUUGCUGCUCCAGCUACUGAGAAGUGCAGGGCUCAGGCACUUCAAUCCAGAGUUAGUGUUUGUUGCAGAGGCUGCAGCCUCUCUGCCUGUGUCAAAUGCUUGGCCUGAGAGGGGAGCCAGCAUAUUGAAAGUUAUUAAAACCAAACUUAGGAACAGAUUGAGCAUUGGGAUGCUGGAAGGUCUGCUGCAUGUUGGCAUCAAUGGUCCCGAUGUGGACCACAGUCAACCAGUAAUCAAGAAAGCUGUGAACACCUGGCUUGCAUCGAAACCAAGGAGAAAACUAGAAACUCCAAAGGGUGUCACUCAGUGUGAGUCCAGGAAUGCCAGUGUGCAGACGGAAGAGUCCUCCUCAUUCACGCCUUGCAGGGAAGACAUCAGGGCUGUCUUGAAAGAGAUUCUCCUGGAGGAGGAGUUUGACAGUCACUCUGAUGAAGAUGCCGAUAAUGAUUCAGACUUUGAUCCUUUCUGAUUUCUGACACUGCUGUCCCUCUGAUCAUGAUGUUUACUGAUACUAGUUUAUGUUAAUUCUCAAAGAAAAAAAGAAU